AUGCAUAAGUGUACUCGCAUACUCAGUCGAUUGUGUCUUCUGUCGACGCUGAUCGUCUUCGCGACAGCAUCGAGGGACCAGACGUCCGUGUUCGAAGUGCUCAUCACAGAUCUGUCGCAUCUCAACCCGACGAUAUACAAUGGGACGUGUUGCGAAGGAUCAGCGGACAGAUACGGAAAAUGUCCCAUCAACUCACUAUGCAAUACCUAUUUUCGGGUUUGCCUCCAAGAGUUCCGACGGAACGCCACGCCGGAAUAUCGAAACUGCACUUUAGGCGAAACGACGUCGGACGUGUUCCGCGGCUUCGGCAGCAAGACCAACAGAAUCGAUCAGCAAGUCGCUUUAAGUGUGCCGAUAUACCAUCGGUGGACGGAAACAUUCACCCUUGUGCUGGAUGUCUUGCACCGAGAUCGAGAUGUGACUGAUCGACGCAACGAUCCGCUCAUCGACCGCGUUUCUUACAAAGCCAACAUAACGUCGUCUCUGGAGUUCCAAGGAGUCGAUAGUCGACACGGAAAGGGCGUCUACGAUACAGCAACGGUUAUUUACAAGAUACGAGUGCGCUGUGCCGAAAACCACUUCACGAAGGACUGCUCAAAAAUCUGCUAUCCACGGGACGACAAGUAUGGCCACUGGAGCUGCGACGAGAACGGCGAGAAAAAAUGUCUCGAUGGUUGGACUGACCAUCAUUGCGAGCGUCCCGUGUGCGAGUUCUGCGAUGCGGAUCGCAGCGUCUGCGAGGCCCCAGGCCGAUGUUCAUGCCGGCCGGGUUGGACUGGUCGGAACUGCUCCGUUUGCGUUCCGUACCCCAACUGCAAACACGGCUCUUGCGCCCCGGGUAAACCUUUCACCUGUGAAUGCGAGCGAAACUGGGGCGGCGCCCUAUGUGAUCAAGAUCUCGACGUUUGUGGACGAAGUCAACCGUGCAAGAACAACGGUGUAUGCAGGAACACAAAUCCCGACCAGUAUCAAUGCAGUUGUCCGGACGGUUUCUUUGGGAGGAAUUGUGAGCUCGACGGAGAAAUGAUCAAGUACUACAAGCCAUGCGUCCGUGGAGAUGGCCAGCCCGUCUGCCAGAACGGUGGGAGCUGCUCUGAAAUAAAUAACGGAACCGACUUCAAAUGCGAUUGCCUCCCUGGCUGGCUUGGCGAGACUUGUUCCAAUGACAUCUCUGGGAGGGCGAGUUGCGCUAGCAAUCCUUGCCUGAACGGUGGACGCUGCUCGCCGAACUCCAGGGGUGAGGCUGUGUGCAAGUGUCCGCGUGGAUGGACCGGUCAUAAUUGCCAAUUCGAUAUCGACGAGUGCGCGGAGCUAGAACCCUGUCUGCAUGGCUCCGUCUGUACCAACCGAAUGGGGAGUUACAGCUGCACUUGUGCCGCGGGAUGGGAAGGCACAAACUGCUCCCUUCCCGCUGACACCUGCCACCAGUACCGAUGUCUGAAUGGAGGGACAUGCUUCUCCAAUCGCGGAGGAUGGCACUGUCGCUGUCCCGAAGGUUUCGCCGGGAAACAGUGUGAGAUAAAGGCGGAUCCCUGCCAGCCAGACCCCUGUAACGGCGGAACUUGCGCGGUUCUGGCCAGCGGCAAACACAGAUGCUCCGCGUGUCCCGAAAACAGAUUUGGGCGAAACUGUGAGCUGACAGCCAAUGGACUACGUCCGCAGACUAAACUCGAAUAUGACGAAUGCGUCGUGGCCGUUAGUCAGCCAUCUUCGGGUCGGGCGGAGUUCAUCAAGACGAGAGUUUGCGGAGCUCACGGUAGAUGCGUCUCGUCGACCGAUGCGAACAAGAAUCCGGGUGAAUUCGCUUGCGUGUGCGACGCAGGCUACACCGGAGCCGCGUGCCAUAUAAAUAUCAACGAUUGCGAGUCGUCACCCUGUGCCAACGGCGCCACUUGCCUUGACCGAGUGGACGAUUACAGUUGCGUUUGCCGACCUGGUUUCACGGGAGAACGUUGUGAAGAGAUGAUCGAUGCGUGCACGAGCUCGCCGUGUCAUAGGGGAGAGUGCACGGCGAUAGAGGAUGAUUUCAUCUGCAGGUGCCCCCAGGGUUUCAAGGGUCGCCAUUGCAAUCUGACCACCAGUCAUUGCGACGAGAACACCUGUGCUAACGGAGGAACUUGCCAAGAACUCGGGUCAUCCUUCGUGUGCGUAUGCCCUCCAGAUUAUAUUGGGCAUCGCUGUCAGCGGAAACGCCAUCUGGCCUGCGAGUCGACUCCGUGCAAGAACGGUGCCACGUGCGUCAAUCUCGAAAACGACGAAUACCAGUGCUGGUGUCCCGAGGGUUUCACGGGACCCCUGUGUGAACACAACGUGGAUGACUGCUUGGAAGCAACCUGUUUCCAUAACGCAACUUGCAUCGACGGUAUCAACAGGUUCCAGUGUGAAUGUCUCCCGGGAUACAGCGGAGCCGACUGCCGCCUCGACAUCGAUGAAUGUGCUUCAAAUCCUUGUCAUGGGGGCGGCACUUGUAAAGACUUGGUCAACGACUACCGAUGUGUCUGUCCGCCGAGCCGGAGAGGUCGAAACUGCGAAAUUAUGGUAGUUAAACCGUCUCCUUCCGCAUGCUUUUACGCCAAGCGGAAACAUCUCGUCGGAGAAGUUUGGAGCGAACGGCAUGAAUGCAGCACUUGUAAAUGUUUCGAAGGGAGUCAGGUCAUCUGCGAGAGAGGACUCUGCGAAUUGGAUGAGUGCGAUUCGAAGGAUCCUUACAAUUCUUGCCCUAAAGCCGAGGAGCAAUGCUACAGCACGGCGAACGAGCCGUGCUUCAUCCCACCGUGCAAACCUCACGCCGAGUGCCGUCCUACUCCGAACCUGAAACACAUCAGGCCGAUGAGCUUCACAGACAGAUGUGGCCCUGAAGAUAUUUCGGGCUGCGCAGCCAGAAUAGCUCUCGACUUCGUUCCGAGUGCCGAUGUGACCGGCUUCACUGUCGAAGCUAUCUGCGCUCACGUGCGACGGGUUCUGUCCUCGCAGCCCGCACCGGAUCUCCUCGUCGGAUGCGUGGCGAAAUCUCAUCGCGAAAUUGAGAUUCUCGUCGAUUCGGCGCAGAACGAUGAGCAACUAGUGGCAGCUUUGCAAGCUGAUCGACUAGCGAGAACGAUCAAAGAAGGUCGAACAAACUCUUCGAUCCUCAACGCUGUUCACAAGGUUCUCGUGAGCGAAGCUUCUCAAUUCAAGGAUCUCUCCGAAAGUCAGAAAACGGUGACCGCCUUCCUGAUCGCCACCGCCGUGUUGGUACUCCUCUUACUGGUCGCCGUGCUGGUGUGCUCGUACAAAAUUUUCUCCCAGAAAUCUCCAGAUUCGAACAUCAUUAUGACCAAGCCGUAUUUGCGCGACGCUCCGAGCAACCUCAACAACCUCCGGCUGCCGAAGAUGAACAAUUUGGGACAGGAGGCUGAUGUAGGUUCGAGUCGCGGUAAGAUCUUGAAUACGAUGGUCAAUCAAGAGAUGAAAGAUUUUGCUUUCAAAGCAUCCAUGAACAAAGUAUCGAAAGCCGUAGAUAUUCCGCAAGUCCCGCAGGAGCGAGACUGCAUGGACUUGCGGUACGAAGGGUGUCCGAAGAAAAGCAAAAGGAACGCAACAGAUGGUGAGAAUAGUCUGGGAGAGGUCGUUUGGUGCUAG